AUGCGAAGGGAAAAACCAUUUCCAGACAACAAAACCCAACAGCCUCUGCAAGCAGGACAGCAGCAGCGGGAUAUUACACCGAUUACACGUCGUGUGUACCGGGCUGCUCGCCCGGUGACGUUCGCAAUACGAACCCAGUCGAACGCAAGUGGUGCUGUCUUUAACGGAAAUCGUACUGCGACGGGAGCUUUGGAUGUGUUUGGAUUUGGUUUGUGUUCAUUCUUCGCCAUGACUUCUGCCAUACCAUCAAACUUUACCACACAUUUGUGCAGCGUGGAGGUUUGCGACAACAGCUACAACGUUCGUGUUUUAAAAAUGAACAACUCGGUAUUCAUCUACAUUGGUGAGAAUAACGCUGAAAACUUCGACGAACUGGCAAUGGCUAUGCCUAUGUCUGCGGACAGCGAAAUCCUAACUACCUCAAUCCUGGGCUCGCUGGUCGGCUGUGGAUCGGAGGAACUUGCUCAAAAGCUAGCCAGGAAGCUGAAGAAACAGGUGUACGUUAGUGUUAACGUUCCGAAUGAUCGAAUCAUUCGACCAGCAAUCGAACGAAAGCUGUUUGAGGAGAUUAGGAAUAAUAUGGCGUGCUUUUGAUUGUCUAGAAUUAAGUGUGGAGGUGUUAAUAUUGCAAACUAUAACCAAAAGACUUCAGCUUGGCUUAUAGGUACUUUGCCACUGUGCAAGGGGAAAUGAUAAUACUAGGAGUAUUUAUAUUUUUGUAACAUUCUGAUAUGCUGCUUUAAUAAAUAUCAAUAAGCACUACAGAAUGAUGAUUUUGAUUUAAGACUCAUAACGGUCUAGAAGCUAGGAGCAUCAUUAACCCUUCGGCGAUACGAUGGGGUGACGGCGACGCAUGAAUAAGGAACAAAAAAUUCGGACUGGAACAAUCGGAAUAGACCCAUUCGACGAUGAAGGACUAUAUGGAUUGGAAAUUUUGGGACGUGGAACUGCCAAUUUCUAUCGAAUGCUCUCUGACGUAUUAAGGAGCCGAAAAUUCGACGUCGUAGCUCUGCAGAAGGUUUGCUGAUAGAAUAGAGCUCAACAGUAGGUACGUUCAGCGAUGGAUAUGCUAACUACUACCAGAGCUGCGGCAAUAUGUGCUGGAUAUUGCUUUCAUAAUGAGAGAUGCGGAAACGGGUCAUUGGGUGGUGGCCAAUCCAUUUUCG